AUGUGCUAAUUAGCAAAUGCUGCGCACCUCUGGUCAACCAUAAUAUUGCAAACAUAAAAUAUACUAACUGCAAGCCACUGAAUCAAACAGAAUACGGCCUGAUCACCAUUUUCUUCUCUCCAAAGCUCAAAAAAUGGAGAAAAACACAAUCCAGCCACUAAUCGCAGUAAUCAUAUGCUCAUUCAUUGCAAUUCGAGCUUACAAGAGAAAAUCUCUCAACUUAUCCGGCGCUCUCGCCGGCUUUUUUGUUAUGUCCAUUCAUUUCGCCGUCAGUUACAGGUUCGGAGGUAUGAUUCUUGCAUUCUUUCUCACAUCAUCCAAACUUACAAAGGUUGGAGAAGAAAGGAAGAGACGAAUCGACGCUGAUUUCAAAGAAGGCGGUCAGAGAAAUUGGAUACAGGUGUUGUUCAACGGUGGAAUAGCUACGGUUUUGGCUUUGGUAAUUUGGAAAUUGAGUGGAGGGCAAGAGAAUUGUUUGGAUUCCAAAGAAUCGAGAGUGAUUACAGCUCUAAUUGGUGGUAUUAUUGGUCAUUAUUCUUGCGCUAAUGGAGAUACUUGGUCUUCAGAACUUGGGGUGCUUAGUGAUGCUACUCCCAGAUUGAUCACGACCUUUAAGCCUGUUCGGAGGGGUACAAAUGGUGGCGUAACAGUAGCAGGACUUGCAGCUGCAGCAGCAGCAGGAGGUGUAAUUGGACUAACAUACAUUCUUGUCGGAUUUUUUACAACCAGAUGUGAAUAUGGUGUAGCACUAAAGCAGCUACUGGUUGUUCCCGUAUCAGUCGUGGCAGGAGUAUGCGGAAGUCUCAUAGAUUCUUUAUUGGGAGCUACAUUACAGUUCAGCGGAUUCUGCAGUGUUCGUAAUAAAGUGGUUGGAAAACCUGGACCAACAGUGAAGAAAAUCUCAGGGCUGAGUAUUCUUGACAACAAUGGUGUGAAUCUUGUUUCAGUACUAUUGACUUCGUUGCUAACUUCAGUUGCUUGUGUGUACAUUUUUUAAACCAAUCUUUGGUUUGUAAUUUGAAAUAGCAGACCUGACAUUGUGCUUUUGCAAAUGAUCAAUUCAAUUGUGUAACAAUUGUAAGGAGAAA